AUGACUCAACCACAACCAACAACCCGUCAGGCUUUUCGCCGAACAGACGAUCAUACUCCCGGUACCCCUAAGGUGAAGCUUGUCACUGAAGCAAUCCCUCCCCUAUCCCCCACCGGGGUCAUGAUCAAGGUCCAUGCCGUGUCUCUCAACUAUAGGGACGCCAACAUUGCAAACGGUGGCAACCCUUGGCCGGUAGUGCCACAUGGUAUCCCCUGCAAUGAUGCAGCGGGUGAGGUAGUCGCCAUUGGCGAGAGGGUGAAACAGCUGGCGAUUGGGGAUCGGGCAGCCCCAAUCGUGGACACGGAGAACAUCACCGGACGGGAAUCUACUCGGUCUUGGUUGGCGGCCGAUGAGGAUGGAGUACUGGCGGAUUACAUCGUGUUCGAUGAGCACAAGCUAUGCAAGCUGCCCACGUACCUCGACUGGGUUCAAGCGAGCCUUAUCCCUUGCGCCGGAGUGACCGCGUGGGCAGCGCUGAAGGAUAUGGAAAUUGGUCAAACCGUCUUGAUCCAAGGUCUGUACUGGCGGCGUGGCCAUGUUCGCGCUCAAGUUGGCGCGAGCUGCAGGUCUGAAGGUGAUCAUGACCUCCUCGAGCGACGCAAAGCUGCAGAAAAUGAAGGAGCAGUUCCCCAGCCCCCCGCUAUUGACUGUGAACUAUUCCAGAACCCCGAGUGGCAUGAGGAAGUUCUGAAGUUAACUGAAGGAGCUGGGGUCGACAUCGUUGUUGAAGUUGGCGGAUCCUCCACGCUGGUUAAGAGCAUGAAAUGUACACGCCGUGGCGGAAUAGUUAGCCAGGUGGGAUAUCUCAGCAAGCAGAAUACCAGUGAAUUCUCAGAGCUUCUUUCUGUUCUCAUCGACCGGAGAGUCAUCCUAAGGGGAAUCAACGCUGGGUCUAAGCAGGAUCAAGACGAUCUUUGCGCUGCGUUGUCUGCCACACAAAUCCAGUUCGAUGAUAUUAUCGACUCAGUAUACCCGUUUGAACAGGCCGAUGAGGCAAUCGAGUAUAUUUGGCAAGGUAAACAGGUUGGAAAGCUGGUGCUUCGUCUAUAG